AUUCAAGGCAGCCAUGUCUUCUGCCGCGAAACACUUUGUGGUCUGGAUAUAAUGUUUUCAACACUGCAAGCAAGUCUUGAUUCUUGUGUCUAGUCGCGAACUAUGCAACAUCAUGCCUGUCCAGUUGCGCCAGCGUCUCGAUUGUCACUACUGCGGUCGGCGAUCAAAACAUGUCAAGAAACCGAAUAGCAGAUUCACAUGCGAUAACUGCCUCGCCGUCAACUUCUUCGAUGAGAAUGGCGAGAUAGCAGAUGUGCCUGUCGAAGAAGCAGCACCUGCGCAGCGCUUUGCUCAACCCGUCCAUUCAGAUCCUCUCGCCGACGACUUCUCCUCCCACGACUCCAUCUUCUGUCCGACAUGUAUCAAGAACCAACAAUUGUACACCUACAACCUAUCUCAGUUCCUGCCAGACCCAGACCACCCCGACUAUGAAAAGUUCGAGGCCCAACUUCCCGAGUACAAGAAAGGCCUAGAGCGACGGUAUCCGCAAUGCUGCGCUCGCUGCGAACCCAAGGUUCGGGCGCAGUUACAUCAAGCCACAUACAAUGCCAGAAGUGAUCAUCUUCGACGGGUGCUGGAGAAAUCGCGCCAGAGGAGGAUCUCCAGCCGGCUGGGAUGGAGGAGUCUCUUGAUCACUGCUGCAGGAGUGGGAUACUUCACAAGUCUUGCUAUGCAACUGGUAUGGCACCUGUACGGGUCGCAAGUGACUAGUAGACAACUAGUCAAGUACCAGAUCAGGGGGCUGGCGGACUGCUUCAGACACCGUCGCCCAUUCGUUCCUCAAUGUCUCGACAUUUCGGAGUCGCUGCUGAUAGGCAUAUCGAUCGACCUCGGAUUCGCGACCAGUUGGUGGAAUCCCAAGUGGCAGCUAUGGUUGUCUAUGGGCGGUCACGAUGGAAAACUGUCCGGUUUGGCGAAAUACUAUCUCGUGCAAUACACUCUGCUGGGGUUGAGGAUAAUUGCCUGGAUACUCACAACAGAUAUGUCUCUGAAUCCCAAGUUGCGGUCCAUGCUGCAUGCCUGUUUCGCGGUGGCCAUCACGCUCGUCGCAGGCUGGUCUGUUUUCGGUAUAAUCCAAGUCAAAACCAAGCCACCUGUCAACUGGCAUCAGGAUCCUGCUCCUUUGCUUUCCCGCGAUCAGUUUGUUCCGCCUUCCGAACCCUCUACGGCAGAUACACAGCAGGAUCAACAAGGACCAUUCAGCGUAGGGAGCCUGUCAGCCUCACAGGGGCCAACAUACAGAGCAUGGAGACCUCCAACGCCGCCGGAUGAAGCCGCUGACUCAAUGGACUGGAUGCCCUCCCAGCCCGUGUUCCAGCCUGAAUUAAAGGAGGUGCGGUAUCGAUCCACCAAACCGUCACCAUUCCAUGGAGCUCUACCUGCACUGAAUGCAAGGGGACUGCACAAAUCUGCUGCACAGACGACCACUUCAGUGCAGAAGGAGGCCAUUGGUCUACCUCCUGGAUUCUUCGAUCGACCCUCGAACCCGGCUCUUCCGUCCCGUCCGACCAAAACAGCCAGUGACGCUAUCGCACAACCAAGGUUUUUCGGUUAUGACAAAGAUGCCGACACGGGUCUGGAAAGUAUUUUCGGGACCGUCUUUUCACUGCAAGAUCGGUCCUUGGACCCUGUCGGCCCAUCUCAAGCGCCUAACGUCGGUACUCCUAAUUCCCCCUCUGCUCGGUUCUCUCAAAUGGACCAAAAGAGGCGAUCGUCAUUAUCUACUGCCAAGGAGUCUUCGUCCCCGUCCGCGCGUUUCAGUGCCGCUGCAUUUGGUGGAUUGGUGGGCGCAGUUGCAUGGUGGAUUUUCGAUGUCACAGUCUGGCGAGAUACAUCAUCAGAGCUAGGAUACUAUAUUGUAUUGUUCAGCAUCGCCGUCCCUACUGGCCACCUAUUGCUGCUGCUUCUGUCGUCUACCAGCAGAGCGCAAGGAGGUCAAUUGUCGUGGAUCGUGUUGUUCACCUGCGAAGCUAUGGUGUUGAUCGGACUGGCCAUGCUACGCGAGAGGUUUGGAGAGCUUUAUCGAGACCUUUGGAACAAAGUGGGAAUUGCGGCGGUGGGCUUGUUACUGCCGCAAGAAUUCCUGCAACAUCAUCAGACUCGACCAAGUGCGAGCACGCAGGCGCAUGAUACCCUUCAUCAGAGGCCAGUGGCCCCGCCAGUCGAUGAGGUCGUCGAGAGAGGUACGGGUAGGGAUCUUCCUGUCGAACCAACUACACCGCGUCCGGAUUCGUGGCGUCGCGACUCCUCGGAAUCAGUUGAGAGUCAAUCGUCCAUCGCCACCACAUCUACGGUAUGGGACUCGGCGCCUCAGAAUCUGUCUAGGGGGCGCUAUGAGCUUUAUGAGUCGUCGCCGAGCAAAUCUCACACUCCUACUCCGAGAUCCAAUUCCAGCCGAGGUAUGAUGGGGAUCGACGGACUGUCGUUGAAUGACGGCGGUGGUUUCGCUUCUACUGGUAGGAGACACGGUCCAGCUAGCACUAGCACUCCUGGGAGAGGCUGGGGUUUGGAGUCGUCAGGCACCAACAUUGCAGGACCGCGAGAAAGGCGCAAGUUUUGAUUAUGGGGCUGCACUGCACUGCACAUUUUCUAGUCGUUACUUUUUGUACAUGAUUCUUGGGUUUGGCGUAGCAUAGCGAGGGAGCCGUAGGCAUCUGAGAGGUCCGAGUUUGAGAUCUCCAAAAAUGAAAAUGAAACGAAAACGUGAACGGCCAAGAGCCUGGCCGUCUGACAUUGAAUA